AUGGCCCCCGCGAACAACCCAGGAGCUGGUGGGCGACCAUUGCCCCAAAUACCUGAGGAGCAAACUCCUCACACUGAAGAUUACCCACGGAGGCCUGGAAAGCAACCAAUGACAGGCCACAGUCCAGAUGAGAGGAGUGCAUCAUCUGACUCUAGGGGGCUGCCCGCUCCCAUGCUCGAUGAGGACCUUUAUUGUAAUCCUGAGAGGUACAUUCCCAUCGUGGAACUGGAGAAUCGCCAACUGUGUCAACAAUUGGCAGAGGCCACAAGGCAUAAUGAAGAAUUGGAUAAGCAAGCCGCCGAGGUCCAGGCGCCACCCCGAAGGUCCAAAGGACGUCCCUGCAAGAGCACGAUCGCUAGAAGGGCCGAACAAAGGGCUCAGCAGGCCCAGCCAAGGCCCAGGGCAAACACUGGCAAUGAACGCCCUGGAAGGAAUACUCAAGCCAAUAUUGUUGGCAACCCGACUGUGGAGGUAACUGCAGAAACAGGGAAUAACCGAUCCCCCCAAGCAGCUCGGAGCUCUAACCCUGAAUCUGUCAGGAAUAACCUAAAACCAGUCCAGGCCAAUUCUGAGCCUUCCAGGCCCAAUACUGGGAGGCCACCACCAUCGCCUAUAAGGCAUCCACCAUUUCCUAUAAGACACCCCUCAACACUCCGAGACACACCCCAACCAGCUCCUCAUAGAAACCGGGUAGGGGAGCAUGCACCACAAAGGCCAUCUCGAAGUGGCAGCCGAGACAGGAACCUUCAAACUCGACCCGGACACGGGGCGAGCGAGAGGCAACCCGAGGACAUAGGGCUGCCCAACUAG